AUGUACGUCAUCCCGAACCCAUUCCCUAACAUUCUCAAAACAUCCGUCCGCUCGCCGGCUUCGGCCCUGACGUUCAAAUCGUCGGAUACCCACGACGCGGACGAAAGGAAGAUGUACGUUGUCCUGCAACUUGCGUGCCACCGAGCGGACAGGUCGCAUAAACCCUCCGCCCUUCCCCGCCGGACGCCACGUGCACGGCAUCCCCUGCCCGGGGAUGCGGCGGAAGAUUGCAUGCGCGCACUCCGCGCCCCUCCCCCCAAUCUUCCGACUUUCCGCUGGACGGGUCUCGGUCGCGGACCGCCGAGGUCUGAUCCGGAAAUAUUCAACGCCGGUCUGGAAGUUUGGGCGGCACUGGACGCGGCGUGGGCCGCUCGCGAAGUCUUACUCUCUACUCGUUUUACAUUGCUUCACUACUACGACCUACUCUUCCCCGUACACGCACCAUCAAUCGACACCGAAAGCACUACCGACUUUCUACGUUUUCCCGCUAUAGGACCACUCGCCGCCGUCCCGCCUGUGCCUGUCGGGCCAUCACGCCGGCCCCCACUAUUCGCGACGGUCACCUUUCUCUCGCCGCCAUCGACGCCGACGUCGUCGUCAGCAGCUCGCUCGCCCCGAUGCCGACGCACGCAGAAGGCUCACCAAUGGAAGUCGGUCUGCUCUGCGACCGCGGGAGACAACUUCCAGGAACUCCUGCCCCCUUCACUGCGCCUCCGGUACUCGCGGAGACCCUUCUAUGCCGUCUGGGCAGCGGCGGGGCCCUGCACGUCCUUCGACGACACCGAAGCACCGACAUAUCAACCCUCCACGCGCUGCUCAAGACGACGACGAGAAGACUUUGACGACGCACGAGCGCUCUCGGCAUCGACGGCGAGCGCACCGCUCGCGUCACCACCUCUCGUCAUUCCCCCACUCCCACGUCGACGCGGCGGCCGGCCUCGACCCUCUCCGUCACCGACCCCAGCGAUUCAGGCCACCCCCACCCCCCGCGUUCUGUCCAGGCCCUUCUAA